AUGACCGAAUAUUUACAGGACAAACAUUUUCAGCCAUCUCCCCAUUUUGUUAUGGAUAUCGGUACAAUUAAUUUGAAAUAUGACGACCCUGGUAUUGCAUUAGACAAAAUAAAACUACUUGUCCAGUCGUUCAAAAAAUCUUAUUCUCAAUCUUCAUUAGCAUUAACAACAUUGUCUCCUCUUCUUGUUCGUGGCACCAAAUCUUCAGUUGACCAUGUGCGUACUGAUAUUACGGAAUAUAAUCGGUUGUUGACCUCUAUUGAUGGUGUUGAUAUUAUCAAAGUGAACUAUGAUGACAGAUCGAUGGUAUGUGAAGAUGGUAUCCAUUUAAGUGACUCAGGAACUCCUGAUAUUACAAUUUAUGGUAUUGAAAUGAUACGCACACUCUACAAUAAACUGAUAAAUUUUAGAAAUUAUAGUAAAUCAUCGUCAGCAAUAAUUAAAAUUGUACCUGAUAUGCGUUUAAUUGUUCGAAAAUAG